CCUCCGCGGAGGAAGGCAGCGAGGAGGAGGAGGCGAGGGAAGGCGUGGAUCCUAGGACACUAGGACACGAGUAGUCGGCCGGCUGACCGUUUGCAAGAUCAACCAACAACGCCUCACGCUGCACGGCUGACACCCCCCAACCCGCCCUGUAUGUCCGCAGGGAGUUGCGGAUGACACCCCCUCGCGUAGGAAAUGCCCAGCUGCGCGUUGUUAUUUUUUUUUUCUGUCGACAGCGCAGGACGCCGGAUACCGCAGUGAGCUGUGCGAUUUAAACGAAAAAGGGAAUAAGGGAAUGCCAACGGAGGCUGGGACUCCCCCGCAAAGGCGCUCUCUGACGGAGGCUGGACCCUGAGGUGGAGGAGGCCGUAAAGAGGCCCAGAAGGAGCCUCCAACGCUCCCUACCUGAGCAGCCGGACGCGUCGGGGCAGCCAUGGCUCCUCGGAAACGUGGCGGCGGCGGCGGCAACCGCGGUGGCCUGUCCUACAUCUUCUGCUGUUUUAACGGCAACGAUCACCCGGAGAUCACCUACAGGCUCAGGGAGGACUUCGCCCUGCAGGCCAUGGAGCCGGCCCUGCCGAUGCCCGGAUACGACGAGCUGGAUGGAAUGUUCUCCGAGUUGGUGGAUGAACUCGAUCUGUCAGAGAAGCACAGAGAAGCCAUGUUCGCUCUGCCCGCAGAGAAGAAAUGGCAAAUUUACUGCAGCAAAAAGAAGGAACAAGAAGAAAACAAAAGUGCAACUAGUUGGCCAGAAUACUACAUUGAUCAGCUCAAUUCAAUGGCAGCUAGAACGACGCUCCUCGCUCUGGAGAAAGAAGACGAGGAGGAGAGGAACAAAACCAUCGAGAGCUUGAAGACGGCUCUGAGGACACAACCCAUGAGGUUCGUCACCCGCUUCAUCGACCUGGACGGCCUGACGUGUAUCCUGAACUUCCUGAAGAGCAUGGACUACGAGACGACCGAAUCGCAGAUCCACACGUCCCUGAUCGGCUGCAUCAAAGCUCUGAUGAACAACUCGCAGGGCCGCGCCCACGUCCUCUCCCACUCCGAGAGCAUCAACAUCAUCGCGCAGAGCCUGGCCACGGAGAACAUCAAGACCAAAGUGGCCGUGCUGGAGAUCAUGGGCGCCGUGUGCCUGGUGCCCGGCGGCCACAAGAAGAUCCUGGAGGCCAUGAUGCACUACCAGCGCUUCGCCUGCGAGAGGACGAGGUUUCAGACACUUAUAAACGAUCUGGACCGGAGCACAGGGCGAUACAGGGACGAGGUCAACCUGAAGACGGCCAUCAUGUCCUUUAUAAAUGCUGUCCUGAGUCAAGGUGCUGGAGAGACAAGUUUGGAAUUCCGUAUCCACUUAAGAUAUGAGUUCCUCAUGUUGGGGAUCCAACCGGUGAUCGAUAAGCUACGGUCUCACGAAAACUCCACCUUGGACAGGCAUUUAGACUACUUUGAGAUGCUGCGGAACGAGGAUGAGCUGGCUUUGUCGAAACGUUUUGAGUCGGUACAUAUAGACACCAAAAGUGCUAACCAGGUUUUUGAUCUCAUCCGGAAGAAGAUAAACCACACUGAUGCACACCCGCACUUUAUGUCCGUCCUGCAUCACUGUCUCCUCAUGCCACACAAGAGAAGCGGCAACACGGUGCAGUACUGGCUGCUGCUGGAUCGCAUCGUCCAGCAGAUGGUCUUGCAGAACGACAAAGGUCACGACCCCGAUGUCACGCCACUGGAGAACUUUAACGUGAAGAACGUCGUCCGGAUGCUGGUCAAUGAAAAUGAGGUCAAACAGUGGAAAGAGCAGGCAGAGAAAAUGCGAAAGGAGCACCACGAGCUGCAGCAGAGGUUUGAGAAGAAGGAGCGCGAGUGUGACGCAAAGACGCAGGAGAAAGAGGACAUGAUGCAGACGCUCAACAAGAUGAAAGAGAAGCUGGAGAAGGAGAGCACCGAGCACAAGAACGUCAAGCAGCAAGUGGCCGAGCUCACCGGCCAACUGCACGAGCUCAGCACCAGACGGGCAGCUGUUGUUCCUGGAGGCCCUCCCGUUGGCCCCGGACCCCCCGGAGGUCCUCUGCCUCCUCCACCCGUGCCAGCUUUCGGGGGGAUGUGCCCUCCUCCCCCGCCGCCCCCUGGAGGCAUGAUGCCUCCUCCACCUCCCCCACCGCCUCCACCGGGUGGACCCCCACCUCCUCCUGGGUGCCCGCCCAUCGGGGGCAUCCCUCCCCCGCCGGGAGCCCCGCUCGGGCCGUCCCUGAAGAGGAAGAACAUUCCCCAGCCGUCCAACGCACUCAAGUCCUUUAACUGGGCCAAGUUGUCUGAGAAUAAACUGGAGGGAACCGUGUGGAUGGAGGUGGACGAUGCCAAGGUGUUUAAAAUCCUGGAUCUGGAGGACAUUGAAAAGACCUUCUCAGCCUAUCAGAGGCAGCAGGACUUCUUUAUGAUCAAUAACAGCAAACAGAAAGAGGCAGAAGACGACGCGCUGACCUCUAAAAAGGUCAAGGAGCUGUCGGUCAUCGACGGCCGCCGAGCUCAGAACUGCAACAUCCUUCUCUCGCGGCUUAAACUCUCCAACGAGGAGAUGAAGAGAGCCAUUCUGACCAUGGACGAGCAGGAGGACCUUCCCAAAGACAUGCUGGAGCAGCUGCUGAAGUUUGUCCCAGAGAAGAGCGAUGUGGAUCUUCUAGAGGAGCACAAACACGAGCUGGACCGAAUGGCAAAGGCCGACCGCUUCUUCUACGAGAUGAGCAGAAUAAACCACUACCAGCAGAGGCUGCAGUCUUUAUACUUCAAGAAGAAGUUUGCAGAAAGGAUAGCAGAGAUCAAACCCAAAGUCGAAGCUCUCAGCAGGGCGUCUAAGGAGAUUCUACACAGCAGAAACCUGAAGCAGCUGUUGGAGGUGGUGCUGGCCUUUGGAAACUUCAUGAACAAGGGUCAGAGGGGGAACGCCUACGGCUUCAAGGUGUCUUCACUCAACAAGAUCGCCGAUACGAAGUCCAGUAUCGACAAGAACAUAACCCUCCUGCACUACCUGAUCACCAUCCUGGAGAAGAAAUACCCCAAAGUCCUGAUGUUCCAGGAUGACCUGCAGAGUCUCUCUGAUGCCGCCAAAGUCAACAUGACCGAGCUGGAAAAAGAUAUCGGCAACAUGCGCAGCGGCUUGAAAGGCGUGGAGAGUGAGCUGGAAUAUCAGAAGAAGAGGCCGCAGGAGCCGGGCGACAAGUUUGUGUCGGUGGUGAGCCAGUUCAUCACCGUGGCCAGCUUCAGCUUCUCCGACGUGGAGGACUCGCUCGUGGAGGCCAAGGAGCUGUUCCUGAAGGCAGUAAAGCACUUUGGCGAGGAUGCCGGCAAGAUGCAGCCAGAUGAGUUCUUCGGCAUCUUUGACCAGUUCCUGCAGUCGUUCGCUGAGGCUCAACAGGAGAACGAGAACAUGCGAAAACGCAAAGAGGAGGAGGAGCGCAGGGCCAAAAUGGAAGCUCAGCUGAAGGAGCAGCGGGAGAAGGAGCGGAAGGCUCGGAAAGCAAAGGCAAACGGCGAGGACGACGGCGGGGAGUUCGACGACCUGGUGUCGGCGCUGCGGUCCGGCGAGGUCUUUGACAAGGAUUUAUCGAAGAUGAAGCGCAACCGCAAGCGCAUCAACAGCCAGACGACGGACGCCAGCAGAGAGCGACCGGUCACAAAGCUCAACUUCUAAGAGGGUUGAGAUCCUCUUCCUCGUAUCGCUCGGCCACCCUGCUCCUCGUUAAGUUUCCCUCUGGGGUCGAGCUGACAUCGGCAUUCCUCCGCUCCCUCGUCUGCUCCCACCCAGCUCGGCCUUGCAUCAUCGCGGCGCCGGCGGCACCACACACACACACACACACACACACACACACACACACACACAGCACGACCAACAUCAGACUUUUCAUCCUCGGAGGUUUCAGUGCUGAAAAAAAAACGGAGAAGAAGCCAAAACUUGUUGACGACCAAAUGUGAUAAUUCCCGCCGAAGGAUCGGUUUGGUCAAAUGAAAUGUUUUUACGCUGUUGCGUAGGAACUCGAUGUUCUCCCCGCGGGGAGAAAAAGAAAAAAAACAACUUUGCUUCCAGGUGCAAGAGAUGCUCAUGCUUGGUUUUGUACGUCUGAAUCUAUGCACAGAGUGAAAAGUGCAGUUAGCAGACUCCUUCAGGGCUUGAUGCUCGAUCCAAACGGGAAGACGAUUCCUUUUAAAAAAAACACACACAUAAGGGGCCAUUUUGUACGGACUGAUUUCAUAGAUUGAGGAGGCUGUUUUCCGAGAGAUCAUUUGGAGAAGACUGAAGCUGAACUUCCUCUUGACCCCCCCGCUGUCCUCUUGCAGUCAGAAACCAUCACAGGACUGAGACUUGAUGUUAGACAGACGUGGUUUUGACUGCAAGUGACGCGGCUGAGAAGUUUUUCUAUUCAUCGUUAUUGACAUGCAGCAUUUAUAUAUAUAUAUCGGAUCACUGUAUGUUUUAUUUGACGUUGUUUCCUGUUAAGAGCUGGCCUUAACUCCGUUGUUAUGUGUUGAGUGGGUACUCUCAAAAGGCCGGGGUCUAAUCUGCCGUUUCUCUACAAGUGUGGACACUUAUGUCAUAGAUUACAUAUAUAUAUAUAUAUAUAUAUAUAUAUGUAUACGGUUACGUGCGUGUUACACAUGCACAUAUAAAUUCACAAUUACUAUGCUAAAUGCUAUUAAAACAAAACCCAGUCAAUGCAAUACACCUGUUUCCCCCCUCCCAAGGGAGUGCCCUCCUUUAUGUUUUUGUUGACCUGAUGGAAUAUGUCUCCUGUGCACUGGCUGGAUUCACUCUGCAAAAAUACAAACACCUCGAUUUCAAACUGUGUGAUGUUUUCAUCGUGGCAGAAAACGUCACAUGUGGACGUGAAAGCUUCGAUCACUGCUGUGUGAAUCCAUCCGGUGUCAAACACCUCCAUUGGAUUUUUAUAAUUUAAAUAUUGCUUUCUAUUGUACAAUGACCUGAUGAUAAUAAAUGGGUGAAACAGUU